AGUGACGUUAGUCUGCCCCAGCACAGGCCUGGCUGCAGGCGGGGCCCGGAUCCCGGGCCCGCCAUGUUCUCCCUGCUGGCCCUCCCCUCCUGGCUCCCUGGCCUCCCCUCCCUCAAAUGCGGCUCCAGCUUCCUGGACUCCCUCCUGCAAGGCCUCGUCGGGGCCUGCGGAGUCUCCAUCCUGAGCAGCCUCCUGAAGGUUUAUUUCUUCGUGGGCUGUGCCAAGGACCCUGAGCGGCGGCAGCCUGAAAAGAAGCGGCUGCUGGCCCAGUGGGCCUCGCUGGAGACCGUGCAGCUGGUGGGGCUGGCCUUGAUCCUGACGGUCGUGGGGACCCGGGUGGCCGCCCUCGUGGUGCUCGAGUUCUCCCUCCGGGCGGUCUCUACCCUGCUGUCUCUGGGCAAGGGCUCGCAGGACACCGAGAGGCUGCAGCUCUACCUGCUGUGCCAGUACUCGCUGGGCUGUGGGCUGACCUGCGGCUUGAGCUUCCUGCAGGAGGGCGCCCCUCACGGCACGCUGAACCUGCUGCUGGCCCUCGGGCUGGCCACACUGCUUGGCACAUGGGCCCGCCGCCUCCGCCGCCAUGUUUACCGCCUCUACGAGCUGCACAGCAGCCAGCAUUACUGUGGGGUGUGCCUGGUCCUGCUGGCCGGCGCGCAGGACCUUCUGGAGCUGCUGGGCCGGGCCCUGGCUGUGACCUUUGCUGUGGGUGACCUGGCGGCUGUGGCCCUCAUCAACCGGGACUUCCUGACCACCUCGGAGGCCGUGCGCUUCUGGACGCCACUCACCAUCUGCUACAUGCUGCUGGUCAUCUACAUGCAGGAGGAGCAGCGGCAGCGCCCCGGCAUGCAGAGCCAGGUGCAGACGGUGCUGGUGCGCAUGGGUGGCCUCUUUUUGCUGCUGCUGACCGUGGGCCGCUGGCUGGACCUCCUGGGCAUCCUCGUUUCCCUGCUGGGCGAACUCUGGUGCCUGGCGGGCACCCACACCCUGCUCCACCUUUGCCAGCUACAGGAUUUUCCAUCCCAGAGUCCUUCCGUGUCAGUGCCAAGCCGGCGCCUGCUGUCAGCAGCUGCCCAGCCCCGGAGCACGGCCCCCUCCUGAACAGCCUCAGGGAGGACUUGGAGUCUGUCU